CACAAUUACAGUAAUAUCAAAAUGGCGACCAGAGCAAUCCCAUACCUGUUCUUGACACUAGCUGCAGCGGUUCUAUUAGAUGAUCAGCCGUACUGCUCUCUGCGGUAUCGUCGAUUGUGCCAGGGGAAGGGCCGACAUGUUGCCUGUCAGUUCCCUGUUCCUGGAGCGAGCCCCGUCUGUAGCAACUACACAAAAAUCAAGUUCACCAGUGAUUUGAGACAUUUUAUAACGCAUUACAUUAACAGGCGUAGACAACGGAUCGCGGCGGGCAGCGAGCGGGUGCGAGGCGGAGCGAUCUUACCUAAGCCACAGGUUAUGAUGUGCGUGGAAUGGGACCGAGAGCUCGCUCACUUGGCGCAACGGUUAGCUGACCAGUGCCAAUUUGUACACGAUGACUGCAGAGCUACAGUCCGCUACCCACACGCGGGGCAGAGCGUCGGCGAAGUGCGUUGGCGUCGUUCGAGCGUGUCGGAGGAACUGACCGCACAACGCGUGAUCAGGCGUGUGUUCGAUGCGUGGUGGGGGGAGAGACGUCGCGUGUCACCGAAGCAGAUCACUGGGCCGUUUCGAUUGGCUGCUAGAGGCAACGUAUGGGGCCACUUCAGCCAGCUAGCUGUAUGGACGCUCCGCGCGGUGGGCUGUGGUGCUGUCCGCCACGGCACCACCCACACUCGGCUACUGCUCGUCUGUGACUUCUCUCACACUAACAUGCUGGGAGAGAGGACGCUGAACCCUGGACCACUGGCGGUGUGCCCGAUGCAUACUGCUAGGAAGGUUCGGUCGACUUAUCCGCUGCUAUGUGCGCCCGUUCGACACAAGCCUCCGGACAGUGAUGAGAAAUAUGAUGAUUAUGAUGAUGAUGAUGAUGAUGAACAAGAGAACGUACAUAGGCAGGAUACUGGAAACGCGGAACCGAAAAAACAAAUGACUUCCAAAAGAUAUCAAGCUGAAACCAAAACGACUAUAAGGGUAAUAGAUAGAUUGUCAAUGGAACUGGACGGUCAGCAAUAUACUACAAGGAAGAAAAUGCGAAUCAUGACAUCCAGGAAACCGUAUUUUGGUGAAGUGCGAUAUGAAUUGGAACAGAACAAAGUAGCGGAUAAAUUGCCUCGUUUCGAAAAAUAUCAUGUGCAAGAACAUGAAGAAACUCAUGUAUCUGAGACUUAUGCUGAUGUCGAUUACACGCAAAGGAUACAAGUAGCCAGACAUAAGUGGAAGCAAACGCAACACAGACCGAUCAGACCAGGAGCAAAUGCCCUUUUGAGUAAACCAGUGGAAAAACCUAUAGAAAGAUCUUCAGAGGCUAAUAACGAUCGUCGGAUCGCUUCACUAAUGAUAGACAGAGAUGACGUCGAUCAGCUGUUUAGAGAUACUGGCUUCAAGAUUAGUAAUAUGGGAGAUUCGUCAUAAUAAUGGAAAUAUAUUGUGUGAUUUGAAAAA